AGACGUAACUCCACGGUCCGAACCUUUCAUUGAUUAUUUGUUUGUGGAUCGUUUUACACCAAACUUCAUUCAAAAUCUUUAAGAUCCUUUUAUCUGUGUGGGACCCCAGAGCAGCUGCACCCGCACUGUGCUGUCCUGACAGCGCACAUGUGGUCCAGCAGAGACUUCGGAACCAGAAUCACACGUUACUUAAUGUUUCACACAGACACAACUCGGUACCUACUGGGUGAAGAGUAAUAUAACAACAUGGCAGCACAGCCAGUUCAGUCCAGUUCAGUCCAGUCCAGUCCAGUCCACACAGUGUCAGCCAUGUUCAGACCUCUGAAGAUCUUCCUGACUGCCACAAAAUGUCCUCCGACCCGCUGCUGCUCCAGCUUUGUCUCCAGGAUGAGGUACAUGAACAGGCUGAAGGAGGAUGAUGACGCGUGUUCUGCUGCGCUGCAGAGCGCUCACAUUUUCCUGUUUCACCGUCUGUCUCCUCUCCUGCAACGCACCAAGUGUGGAACCCUCCGGCCAGCAGAACUGAUGUGCUCAGAUGUUCAGUCGAUCCUGGAGAGACUUGGUUCAGACAGAUCCCUGCUGAAGGAGUCGGUUCUGAUUGGCUGCUCUGAACAGAACCAGGUUCAGUUCUGUCUAGACGUCGGAGAACUGGAUCAGGCAGCAGUGGAGGAACAGUGUGAAGGGAACUUUAUUGAUCUGAGGAAAGCUUUCUUCCUCCUGACUGGACCAGCAGCUCCUCUAGUGGCCAAGGGUCAGGCUCUGCUGCGCUGGCAUCAAGCCAGCGGCUUCUGCAGCGCCACGGGCCAGCCGACCCAACGCAACCAGGCAGGAAGUCAGAGAGUCUGUAGCAGCAGCAGGAUCGUCUACUAUCCCAAGAUGUCUCCAGUGGUGAUUGUCCUGGUCUCUGAUGGGAAACGGUGUUUAUUGGGUCGACAGCCGUCCUUCCCUCGAGGGAUGUUCAGCGCUCUGGCUGGUUUCUGUGACAUGGGUGAGACUCUGGAGGAGACUGUAAACAGAGAGGUGGCGGAGGAGGUGGGUCUGGAGGUCCACAGUAUCUCCUACAGUUCCUCACAGCACUGGCCAUUUCCACACAGCUCCUUCAUGUUGGGCUGCCACGCCUCCAUUAGCCCCGCCCACACUCAGCUGAACGUGGACCGCACAGAGCUGGAGGACGCUCGCUGGUUCAGUCUGGAGGAAAUCACCUCUGCUCUGCAGGUAAAGACUCCGCCCAAGAGAGGCGACCCCCCCGUCUGCUGGCUUCCUCCAAAACAUGCCAUCGCCAACCGCCUCAUCAGAGAGUGGAUGGACCGCCAGGGACUCAGCGAGAAGGAAGACUAACAGAGUCUGAACAGUCUGGAGGUCAAGUGACAUCCUGAAAGACUUCUCUAUAAUCAGCGGACAUGAUUAACAGGCUUUCACACAUGGGACCUCCUCAGGGGAGCAGGACAGGUAGGGUGAAGGUACAGGUGCAUACAGGUGAGGUGAGAUCCAUAAUCGUUGAGGAUCUGUCGGUUUUAACAAAAAAAAAAAAUUUUUGGAGAUUCAAACUAAAUAAAAGUGUGAUUUGUAUCAUGUGAUCGUCAGCCAAUAGGAACUGUUUUAGAUUCCCCACCGCAGCUCCUGAUUGGCCCAACAGUUUGAUCCAGCAACCAGCCAAUCAGAUAUUCUGCUGAGAAGUUCAUUAAGCCAUUGCACAAACUAAAGUUUUUAAUCUAGGAAUGGCUCCAUCUGCUGAUAAAGACCCUGAGACCAGCACAGUGAUGUCACCUCAACAGAACUGAAGUGUUUCCUCUGUAAACACAACAACUACCUCUGACAUGUUCAUUUACACUUUAUUGAAUCUGUUUAUAGUAUUUUAAUAAAAACUGAGUGAGUCUGA